GUCAUCAGGCUUGGCUAUUGAGGCUGGAUCUGCUGCUGCUGCUGCUGCUGCUCACUGUUUGCCUGUGAUGAAAUGAAAUGCCACAAUUGGGCUACCUCCAGGGAGAGCCUCUCCAUUCUAUAAUGUGAGCCAGCCAGCAGCUCUGUGGGACCAGGGAGACGUUGCAUCCGUCAAAGCUCCAGAGGACCAGACGCCGUCCAACGGGAGGAGACUGAUCUCUUUUUUUAAAAUAGCUUUCUGUGGUGUAAAGAGAAGGGAUUGUCGUCAUCCCAUCCAUCCUUCUCCCCCUUCUCUGGCGCCCCCUCCUUCCUCCUCUGCCUCUACACUUGCUCUUCCCCCUCAUUCUGUGUCAGAGGUGUGCGUUGGAAUAACAAACCUCCAUGUAUGACAAUUUGUAUCUGCAUGGAUUUGAAGACUCGGAGGCGGGCUCAGCUGAUUCAUAUACUAGUAGACCAUCAGACUCAGAUGUCUCUCUGGAGGAGGAGCGUGACGUGCAGGCCCAGGUCCAGAGCCAGAGCCCAAGCCAGAGCCAAGGACCGGGACAGAGCCGACAGGAGCGGGAGCAGCAAGCCACCAUCCAGCUAGAGAGAGCCAAGACCAAACCUGUAGCGUUUGCUGUGAGGACCAACGUCAGCUACUGUGGCGCUCUGGAUGAGGAUGUUCCAGUUCCCGCCACAGCCAUCUCCUUCGACGCCAAGGACUUCCUCCACAUAAAAGAGAAGUUCAACAACGAUUGGUGGAUUGGACGCUUGGUGAAAGAGGGCUGCGAGAUCGGUUUCAUCCCCAGCCCCCUGAAGCUGGAGAACAUCAGGCUCCAGCAGGAGCAGAAAAGAGGACGAGUCCAAGGUAAGUCUGGAGGGAACUCCUCUUCCAGUGUAGAGGAUGAGGUGUCUGCCUCUAUCCGACCCCUCAUAUCCUCGGCAGGAAAGCAGAAACAGAAAGUGACGGAGCACAUCCCCCCAUAUGACGUUGUUCCCUCCAUGAGACCAGUGGUGCUGGUGGGACCCUCGCUCAAGGGUUAUGAGGUGACUGAUAUGAUGCAGAAAGCACUCUUUGACUUUCUCAAGCACAGAUUUGAUGGAAGGAUAUCAAUCACUAGAGUCACUGCAGAUAUAUCUUUAGCCAAGAGGUCCGUCCUCAACAACCCCAGCAAGCGGGCCAUUAUAGAGCGGUCCAACACCCGUUCCAGCUUAGCUGAAGUGCAAAGCGAGAUUGAGCGGAUUUUUGAGUUGGCCCGCUCACUGCAGCUGGUAGUGCUGGAUGCCGACACCAUCAACCACCCUGCCCAGCUCCUAAAGACCUCCUUGGCUCCCAUCAUUGUCCACGUCAAAGUGUCCUCGCCAAAGGUUCUGCAGAGGCUAGUCAAGUCCAGAGGGAAGUCCCAGAGCAAACACCUGAAUGUCCAGCUUGUGGCUGCAGACAAACUUGCUCAAUGUCCUCCAGAAAUGUUUGACAUCAUUCUGGAUGAAAACCAGCUAGAGGAUGCCUGCGAGCAUCUUGCAGAAUACCUUGAAGCCUAUUGGAAAGCAACACAUACCUCCAUGGCAACGCCCCUAAACCCCUUGAUGGGACGCAACCUAGGCUCCAGCACCCUCACGGCAUACCCUACCAGCAUCUCUGGACUGCAGCAGAGCCAAAGAAUGCAACAGAACAACCACACGGGCGACCAUUCUACAGCAAACGAGCGUCGUAACCUGAUGACGUCUGAUGAAAACUACCAUAAUGAACGGGCACACAAGGGACGCAAUCGAAUGUCGUCAGGCUCGCAGCACAGCCGAGAGACACAGGACCCCUACCAGGACUACCAGGACCCCUAUCAGGAUGCAUACAAGCCACACCGCAACCGCAGUUCCCCAGGCAGCUACAGCCAUGACUCCCGGCAUCGGCUCUGAACCCAGUUGAAUCAUCACAGGUGCCCAGAUAUCCCAAAUUCCACCCAUAAAUGAUCGCUACCACAGAGCCAAGAUUGUCCCAAGUUUUCCUUAUUUUCAGGAAGGUUAUUUGUGUAUGAAACCUCCAAAACAUUCACAAAAAUGUAUUUGAGUUUCAUGAUGCCCACCCAACUACUGAACCAUCUGGAUCACGCUCGGAAGACAUGUUGCAUUGAUUGUGCUUACUGCCAUCAGCAGUGGUCACACGGUGCUGAUGUGAUGUCACACCAGUGGGAAGGUGGUCCAAUGGAUACCGACCACUUCCCUAACCAUGUAAAAAAAAAACUCACCUUUUAGCUUAUUGCAUGCUAAUAGAUGAUGAACGUCUGCUUCCUUCCUUCAUAGAUCUUUUGUAUCUAUCCUGUAGGUCAGAUUUUCUUAAAAACUAGAUUGUAGACACGUGGUCUGGGGUGGGCUUGAAAGCGGGUGUAUUGGCAUUUGUCUACCGUGCUGCGAGUUGAAAAAUUGGUGCUUCACAUUCUUGAACUAUUUUGGUCAUUGAACGUUACUUCUUGAAUCGCAUAGCUUUGGUGGUUCAUUUAGAGGGAAAGACUGCUGCAAACAGGUCAGAAUGAAAUGGAGAAAGCAGUGCUCUACUUCUUCUGUAAUCAGUUUUGAAGCUAGAAUAAUACUAUUUGGAGAACUUUUAAAGAGCUUCUGCUUGAAAAGUUUAAAUUUGAUAGCAUUGAAAUGACGUUUUUUUGUGUGGGUGUGGGGGGGGGCUUUCAGUGUUCUUUUAGUGAAUUAAUUCCUGUGAUUGGUUUCACCUGGGGUUCCUGAGGUCUGUCCCAGACCCGUCCACUUCCAUCAGCCAAUCAGCUUCCUGCUUGCUCAUCUGUGUCUUACUUUAUUGUCAGUCCUCUUGCAUUUAGUUGCUGGUUUUCUGGGUGCAUAUUUUUAAUAUUUUCGGGUAGAUUUGUUUUUUCUCCCUUUGUACAUUUGUUGACAAGUUGUAUUUAGUUUCACCUCCACCCUUACAUUCUAUAAAUCAACCAAAAGAUCUGCAUUGAGACAUUUAUAGCAAAUGAAACUACAGUACAGUAUGUCUGCGUAGCCAGCUAUACAUUAUCCCCCUAAACUUGCCAUGCAACCCCGCACAGCGACAACUCUUUUAGAAAGUGUUUGCACCGUGGUUAUAUAAGAGAACAUACACUGAAACAAGAAAGCGGAGAUGUAGCUACUAAUGGUUUUAUGGCAACGUAUUUUGUGGUUUUACUGUAAUAUUUUUGGGAAAUAGGAUCUCAUGAAAUUAGUUCCAAAUGACAAACACUACAGUCACUGAUGGUGUAGGGGUACACUCGCCUGACUUUGGUGCGGGCAGCGUGGGUUCCGUUUCCCACUCAGUGACAGCGUGAAUGUGAGUGUGAAUGGUUGUCCGUGUCUAUAUGUGCCCUGCGACUGACUGGCGACCAGUUCAGGGUGUAGUCCGCCUUUCGCCCGUAGUCAGCUGGGAUAGGCUCCAGCGCCCCGUGACCCUAACCAGGAUAAGCGGUGUUGAAAAUGGAUGGAUGGAUGGAUGGACAAACACUACCAGUCAAUGUUGUUGAGGCAAGCAAUUGGCAGUAAAUUAGUAAAUGGAUUGAUUGAAUCAGUGACUUCUGUAGUUUAGUAUCUUGCAUUGGGGAUGAUAAAGCAAGCAUGUUGCCUUGUUUAUUUCUGACUAACCUUUCAAAAUUGGUACUGCAGACCACCCCUGACAUGAAAAUGAUUAAGUUUUUGCUUCAUAACUACUGGUAAAUACAUCCAACUGAGAGUAAACAAAAUGAAUUUCUUCAUGUAUGUCAAUGUUAACUUCAUUAAUUCACCCAAGGGAAAUAUUUAUGUUUGAUGGGACACAAAAUGUUGUGAUGUUCAGUGUUUGGCAGUUUGUUUUUCUUGGGAUCCAUCCAUCCAUCCAUUUUCUACCGCUUAUCCGAGGUCGGGUCGCGGGGGCAGUAGCUUUACCAGGGACGCCCAGACUUCCCUCUCCCCAGCCACUUCAUCCAGCUCUUCCGGGGGGAUCCCGAGGUGUUCCUAGGCCAGCCGAAAGACGUAGUCUCUCCAGCGUGUCCUGGGUCAUCUCCGGGGUCUCCUCCCGGUGGGACGUGCCCGGAAUACCUCACCAGGGAGGCGUCCGGCAGGCAUCCAAAUCAGAUGCCCCAGCCACCUCAUCUGGCUCCUCUCGAUGUGGAGGAGUAGUAGCUCUACUCUGAGAUCCUUCCGGAUGACCGAGCUUCUCACCCUGUCUCUUAGGGAGAGCCCGGACACCCUGCAGAGUAAACUCAUUUUGGCCGCUUGUAUCCAGGAUCUCGUUCUUUCGGUCACGACCCACAGCUCGUGACCAUAGGUGAGGGUAGGAACGUAGAUCGACCGGUAAAUCUAGAGCUUCGACUUUCGGCUGAGCUCCUUCUUUACCACAACAGACCGAUACAAAGUCCGCAUCACGACAGAUGGUGCACCGAUCCGCCUGUCGAUCUCCCGUUCCAUUCUUCCCUCACUCGUGUACAAGACCCCAAGAUACUUUAACUCCUCCACUUGGGGCAGGAUCUCAUCCCCCACCUGGAGAGGGCACGCCACCCUAUUCCGACUAAGGACCAUGGUCUCAGAUUUGGAGGUGUUGAUUCUCAUUCCAGCCGGUUCAUACUCGGCUGCGAACUGCUCCAGUGAGAGUUGGAGAUCACGGUUUGAUGAAGCCAACAGAACCACAUCAUCUGCAAAAAGCAGAGAUGCAAUACUGAGGCCACCAAACCGGACCCCCUCUACGCCUCGGCUGCGCCUAGAAAUUCUGUCCAUAAAAGUUAUAAACAGAAUCGGUGACAAAGGGCAGUCUUGGCGGAGUUCAACCCUCUCCGGAAACGAGUCCGACUUACUGCCAGAUAUGCGGACCAAACUCUGACUCCGGUCGUACAGGGACCGAACAGCGCGUAUCAGGGGGUUCGGUACCCCAUACUCCCGAAGCACCCCCCACAGGACCACCUGAGGGACAUGGUCGAACGCCUUCUCCAAGUCCAGAAAACACAUGUAGACUGGUUGGGCGAACUCCCAUGCACCCUCGAGGGCCCUGCCGAGGGUGUAGAGCUGGCCCACUGUUCCACGGCCAGGACAAAAACCACACUGCUCCUCCUGGAUCUGAGAUUCGACUUAUCGAUGGACCUUCCUCUCCAGCACCCCUGAAUAGACCUUACCAGGGAGGCUGAGGAGUGUGAGCCCCCUGUAGUUGGAACACACCCUUCUUAAAAAGGGGGACCACCACCCCAGUCUGCCAAUCCAGAGGCACUGUCCCCGAUGUCCAUGCGAUGUUGCAGAGGCGUGUCAACCAGGACAGCCCCACAACAUCCAAAGCCUUUAGGAACUCUGGGCGAAUCUCAUCCACCUCCGGGGCCUUGCCACCGAGAAGCUCUCUAACCACCUCGGUGACCUCAACCCCAGAGAUAGGAGAGCCCGCCUCAGAGAACCCAGACUCUGCUUCCUCAUGGGAAGGCGUGUCGGUGGUUGUUGAGGAGGUCUUCAAAGUAUUCGCCCCACCGGCUCACAACAUCCCGAGUCGAGGUCAGCAGCGCCCCAUCCCUACUAUACACAGUGUUGAUGGUGCACUGCUUCCCCCUCCUGAGAUGCCGGAUGGUGGACAAGAAUUUCCUUGAAGCCGUCCAGAAGUCUUUCUCCAUGGCCUCACCGAACUCCUCCCAUACCCGAGUUUUUGCUUCAGCGACCACCAAAGCUGAAUUCCGCUUGGCCAGCCAGUACCCAUCAGCUGUCUCAAGAGUCCCAUAGGCCAAAAAUGCCCAAUAGGACUCCUUCUUCAGCUUGACGGCAUCCCUCACCAUUGGUGUCUACCAACAGGUUCGGGAAUACCCACACCUGCUCGGUGCCUCUCACCAUCCAUCAAUCUGUCCAUCCAUCUGUCCAUCCAUCCAUCCGUCCAUCCAUCCAUCCAUCCAUCCAUCCAUCCAUCCAUUCAUUCAUCCAUUGUCUAUACACUAGCUGGAGUUUAUGCCCAUCCAGGUCUAACUAUCAUUGCCCACAUGAGCAUUGAAGUCCCCCCAGCAAAAUGAGUGAGUCCCAAGCGGGAGUACUCUCCAGCCCCCUCUCCAAGGACUCAAAAAAGGGUUGGUACUCUGAGCUGGUGUUUGGUGCAUAGGGAACAAAAAACAGUCAGGAUCAGUCCCCUCACCUGAAGACAGGAAAGCUACCCUCUUACCCACUGGUGUGAACCUCAAAGUACAGGCACUGAGUCGGGACAAUAAGUAUGCCCACACCUGCUCAGCACCUCUCACCUGGUUUUCUCCAGAGUGGAAGAGAGUCCAACCCCUCUCGCGAGGACUGGUACCAGAGCCCAAGCUGUGUGUGUCAUAAACACCAUCUUGGGCUCCUUCCCUGCCAUGGAGGUGACAUUCCACGUCCCUAGAGCCAGGCUCUGUAGCCGGGGAUCGGAUCGCCAAGAUCCCUGCCUUCGGCCACCGCCCGGCUCGCGCUGCACCCGACCCCUAUGGCCCCUCCCACAGGUGGUGAGUCCAUGGGAAGUUUUUUUUUUCUUGGCAUGUAGAGACAAAUGUGCACCAGUGUAACUGCUGCAGUGGCAGUUUGUUAGGAGUGCUACGUCAGUCAGUAGGAUUGGAUUAAAAUCCUAGAAGAUAUUGGAAUGCUCACCAUUUUACCACCAGGUACCUGUUUUAUAAUAUGACGGUGAUAACUAAAUUAAGUUUGCAAUGAAGAACAAUCUUUACCUUUAAAAUAAGCUCCUAGAUUACUGUUGGUCUUUUAAAAUAAGAGAUACAAUUGGUUAAAAUUUUUAAAGCACAUAAAAAUAAAAAGUAUGUGGAGCAACUUUUUUGCCCAUUCUGCCCCAUAGUAUAACCAACCAUCUGAUUUUUAGUGAGGAACCAUUUAAAAUGGUUUUUAAAAAAAAGAAAAAAAAGUAUGUCGCUUGAGAGGAUAAGGAAGGCAUUUUAGACCAUUCAUGUUUCUAUUAUGAUAGGAUAUACCGGUACAUAUAUAUUUCCCUUUUAUUACAUUCGCUGAAAUGUUGAACAGAACUGAGGGAAAGACGAAGAAAAAAAAACAUUCAUUCCAGUCAAAAAGCAAAAAAAUUGCAUUUUUGGUGAUUAUUUUUUGUAGUAAAUGUACAUACAGUCUUUUGAGAGAUGCUCCACACAGAGAUAUGAUUGCAAAAGGUUUCAUUCAUGUGCAACUCAAAGCAGCAUGCUUUGCAUUAAAUGAGGAUCUUCAUGUACUAUGCAAUUGCAAACUUCAUGGUGUGGCCUCUCCGCACCUCCCCUUUUCCACACAGCUUUAUCUGGACCAUUGAAAGAAUCUUGUGUUUAUUGUAGAUUUGUCUGUGGAAGGUGAAAAUCCUCAGCGGCUAAUGCGGUAUUGCAUGCAUAAUAUACCAUUCUAAUUUAUAAGGAGGAUUAAAGAAAACUAUAUGUGACUUUGGAGGCAGCUGUGUUUAAGACAGAGCUCCAGGUGACUACAACAUUUCUUUUGCAAAAUAAAAGCCCUUAUGAUAUUG